GGGUAUCAAAUUUGUUAAUUUUUCUACCGGCGACACCACGCUCUGUUUUUUAAGUGGAACUACUAUUAGCUCCGGUCACAUCGUCGCCGGAACCCUGCACCUCGCCGCCGUUCAACUUGCUUCCGGCCAGAUUAUCGCCGUCGCUUCACAAAACAGAGCCAACCUAGGGGAAGAGAGAAAGCAAUUGAAAUGGCGAGCUUCCUGUGGAGAAAAUAUGCAGAUUAUUUGUACACAAAGUGGGAGAAAACCUUUCUUUGGGACAUGGUUCACCCUUACAGAAGACCCAAAUCCUUCACUCCUGUGGUCACUAUUUAUAUUGCUGCUUUCUACUCUGGUGUUAUUGGUGCUGCCAUCACUGAACAACUCUAUAAGGAAAAGUACUGGGAAGAACACCCUGGGAAAGCAGUACCUCUCAUGCCUCCGAAGUUUUAUUGGGGGCCGUGGAGAGUAAUGGGUGGUGAUGUACCCCGACCCCCGCCUGAGUGAAAAGCUCUGUAGGCAUGUGCCAUGCUUGACUCCGAUUCACCUCAUGUCGCCACUGUUUAUGAGGCAGCCAUGUUAUCAGAAUCACUGAGAUAUGAUCCACAAUUUGCUAAUAGGUGAGGUUGCUGCUUUGCCCAAGCUAAGUUAAUGCUAAUGUUGCAUUUAGAAAACUUGUCUGAAUGUAGUGUGCAAAACCAUUGGUAGUGAGUCAAAUAAAUAAAAAUGCAUUUUUAGACCAUUUAUGGCUUUAAUUUUUCUGAGUCAAAUAGUAUUAUAAAAACUGUUAUAUUUGAACUUAGUGAUUUGAUUCGAAAUCA